UCCAGAGCGCACGCGUUCUCAACUUUAGUUCUUUGUGAGUCGCCAACGCGUACGGAGCUGGAAAUCGGAGUCGGAAUACAGGCAGCAGGCAGGCAGCAACAGCUGAAACUCUAAAGAGAACCAACGCAAGCUGCAUUUGUAUCGCAUCGCAUCGCAGUAUCUGUGUGCCCAUCAUCGUGUAUCUGUGCGUGCGCGUGUGUGUUGUGUGCGUGUUAGCCGGCUCUUGGCCAGUUUUGUUGAUUUCGUUUCGGGCCCGUCAAACAAGGAGCGACAACCUAAUCAAUCAGUCAUUCAAUAUGGCAAUUUCUAAGAGCCAUCGCAUCAGGAGAAGCAGCUGCAAAGUUGUUCCAGGCAGAUGCUCCACCGGGAACGGGCUGGCGAACCCUCUGGCUCUGGCUCUGGCAUUGGUCUUCGUGACGCUGGCCGCAGUGUCCAUGCUGGCUCCAUGCUCGGCUCUACCUUCCGAGUCAACCACCUUUCCUGCGGAUAUCGAAGAAAUCGUAAAUCAAAAUGAAACGACCGUUGAGCCCGCCCUCCAGGACGUGGCGAUCGAUCCUGUAGAGACCAGAGCGUCUGAAGUUGUGGAUGACCUGGUGGACACCAGCUUUGUUGCUUUGGCCGGCGAGGACCUGGAGCAGGACAUACGAAAUGCGGUGAAGAGUGAAAUGGAGUUGGAAAUGGAGGCCGAUGCCUCGAGUCCGGUGGUGCAACUGAAGGAGGAGCUCGCACAGGACCAGGAAAAUAAAACCGAUCAUCAGGAGACUGAAGUUCAAAGUGCUCGCGAGCCCAAGACACUUGAAGCUGAGGAAGAGGGUUCCAAAGAAGUCCCAUUGAACCCACAAGCGAACAACGAUCAAACCAAGGAAUUACAACAAACAAAUACAAAUGCGGAUACCACUACGGCUACUGAGCAUACACCCGUGUCCAGCGAGCAGGAGGAGGGCCGUAGCAGACCGUUGCCCAGUGUAACCAGUGACCUGGUCUCCGUCAUCUUCAACGAGAACCGGGCUAUCACCGAACAACCCAUCACUAAAACGAACCUGUUGGCCUUGGAGCAGGAGCACGAGGUCUUUGAGGAUAGAGAGACAACGCCGUUGCCAAUCUAUGAAGGACCCAAGCACCAGGUGACCAAGAAACAAGGCGUGGAAGAUCUGCUGCCCGUUGAGGUGGCUCCGGAGGUUCCUUCGCAAGAGACUAAAACUGUUCUCGAAGGGCGCACACUUGAGGAGCAAACAGACAGUCUGAAUGAAAUCGAUUCUGAGGAGAUUGAACCGAAAGCGAUCAGCACAAUCAGCGUGGAACCUACCCAUACAGAAGUUGAAACUAAAGCUGAUAUCGAGGCUAAGGCUGAGAUCGCGGCAAAGGCAGAGAUUGAGGCACAGGUAGAAGAGGCUGGCACGCCAGAGGAAACAGUCGUGGAGCCAGCAGAGCCGCAGGACCCCGUUAAUGAGGCCGCUGGAGCAGAGAUCGUACCGGAGACUACGGAGGAGACUGCAACUGAAGUCUUAAGCCCCAAUGAAGAGCACUCAGAGGAGGAGGAGGAGGUUGCUGUAGCGCGAACUGAGCAGAUUGAGACUGUCCAUGAACCAACCGAAACACCGAAAGUCGUAGAUUCAGAUGUUCCCAAAGGCACCCACAAUGUUGAAGAUGAGUCCAUCGAAGAGAAAGAAGCAGAAAGCGAUGAAACUGAUGCUAAAACCGAACAGUCCAAGGACGAUGACGAUUCCUCGGAGAAGGAAGAAAAACCAUCCGCUGGAGAUGAGCCAAAAUGUCCAUCGGACGACAGCACCGCCACGCCGCUGGUGUCCUAUCCACCCCACGACGCCGGACAGACCUUCGACAGCAACUCGGCCGACGAACAUUCAGCACCUCUCUCGCGGCCCUCCUCCUACCGUUCCACCAUGAUCAUUGCCCUGUGCUCUGGAACUGCGGUGAUCUUCAUUAUCACCUCGCUGGUCAUUUUCGUGGUAUCGUUCCAACGCCAGCAUGGGACACUGGACAUCGAGAUGCAGGAGCAACGCCUUGGCAAGGACUCUCUGGACGAGGAGGAUGCUCAGAUGAAGCUGCUGGAUGUGGAUCUCUCAACGCCCGUCAUUGUGUCGAUGGGCAGUGAGGAGACAGAAGAAUGCCUAUAGACUAAAGGCUAUAGACGGCGCUGACUCCCAAGGGUGCCAUGUAAAUAUUUCUAAACACUGAGAUUGCUUUCAUUAUUUAAGGGAAGCAGAAAAGAAGACUUGAGCUAGCUCCUCCGCUCCGACUGGUUGUUACAGUUUGGUUGACACAAAUCGAAAGAAAAGCGAAA